GAAAAAUAUAUAAUGACCAAAUUGUUCUCCCGGACAUUUGCUAGUUUUUCUGAGGAUGAAAAGAUUGACAAUGAAAUCUCAGAGAAAAUAAGCUUUCUCCAAACCUUUUUAAAGCCUCAACAUUUGGAUAUACCACAAGUUCUUCAUAAUGAAGCCUCAUGGCUGCUUGCAGAGAAAGAAUUGCAGAAAAUGAAUGCAUUCAAAGCUCCACAAGAGAAACUCUCAAGCAUUAUGAAUUGUUGCAGGAUUAUCAACAAUCUGUUGCUCAAUGCUGCAAUGUCUGAGCAUGUACCGGCUGGCGCGGACGACUUUCUCCCUGUGCUCAUAUAUGUUACCAUCAAGGCAAAUCCUCCAAUGUUGCAUUCAAACCUCAAAUUCAUCAAGUUGUAUAGAAGGCAAAGUAAACUCAUAUCUGAAGCUGAAUAUUAUUUCACAAAUCUUGUGUCAGCCAAAACAUUUAUAAUUGACUUGAAUGCUAAAUCUCUCUCAAUGGAUAAAAUCAAAUUUGAAGAAUGCAUGCAAGAAGCCAAAUUGGCCAAGAAAGUCACAAGUGAAUUACACUCUACAUGUCAAAUGAAACAGCAAGAGAAGAAUGAGUGCAGUUUCUCAAACAAAAUGCAUAACACACUUGAUACUAAAGAUUUUCAUGUUAUGCAACAUGGAUCAAAUUAUCCAUACAUGGAAGCAAAGAGCAAAGAUCUAGAAAUGGGAGAUGUGGACAUAUUACUACAUCAAUAUAAGGAUUUAGUUGCCAAAUACACAAUCCUAUGCAAAGCUAUCAAUUGCCUUUCAGUGUCAGAGAAAGAACCAUUGCUUCAUCAGCUAGAAAUGCAAGGAGCAGGAAGUAUCAACAACAAAAACACAAAUGACCAAACCACCUCACAUCAAGAUAAAUCACAAUAAGAAAUAGGAAUUACAUGUUUGCGUGCAUUACAAGAAAGAUGGGCACAUUUUGUAUUUCAAUAUUCAUGUUUUAUGUUUUGAAUUCCAAAUUUAAUAAAGAAUGCUGUUUAGAGAA